AGAGAAGCCGACCUCGUUCGAAGGUGAUGUUGGCUUAGCCCAGAUGCGCUCUUUGGCGCCCUGGGGCUGUCUUGGAGCCCUCCCAGGCCCCUCUUGGGGCUCUCGGCGAUCUUGGAGCCAUCUUCUUGAGACCUCAGACGCCCAUCGGAAGUGAGCAAGCCAGAAGGUCAACACACAACUCAAACAUUGUCGGUGGCGCCAUGGCUGUGGGCUUCGCCGACUCGCCUUGCCAGCGACCCUGCUGCGCGUUGGCCACAGCAACACGUUCUUGCGCGUCUCCGAGCCACCCUCGCGCGAAGUCUCCUCCAACUCGUGGCCGCCCAGCAAGAGGCCUCCCUGCCAUUGGUGCAUCUUCCCGGCAGCCAGGAGGAGCAGUCCUGGCAGUCCUCCAAAUUCGAUGCUUCCGAGCGCACCUGGUCGUCCAGCAGCUCUCCCUGACGACGUGGUCGAGUCCAGCAUUCUCCCGAGGCCGCUGACAAGGCUGAGCGAUCAGCUGAAGGCCUCGGCGGCGGGCGCGCCUAGCCUUGGCAGCGGCGGGCACUUCGACGGGGACUGCAGGCCGUGCACCUACGGCCACCAGGGGCGCUGCAUCUCCGGGGUCUGGGGCACAAAGUGCCACCACCAGCACUUCAAGACCCGUGGGCGCCUGGCACGACUUCAGCCGGGCAAGGGGCGCGAUGCCUUGCCGUCUAUCGGGUCGAGUUUUCCAGCUGCGCAGAUCUUUCACUGAUUCAGGCCGUGUCGGAGGAGACGUGCCUGGACGGUGCAUCGCUCGCAGUGCACGGCUCUGCACGCGCCGCUCAGUUCGCAACGGCGCGUGUUGCAGUGUGCGGCUGCCGCAUGCGCCGCCCAGUUCGGAUUGGCGCGUUGUUCAGCCGCCUGGGAAAGGAUGCCGUUCAGGCAAUCGUUGCAGUGGCGGCCUCCCGCCGACUUGUUGGCGUCGGGAAGCUCCGAGGAAGCUCCUCCCCCCCCUGCGCCACCCUCUCACGCCUCUCGCCGCCGCCGCCGCCGCCCACCCGCCGCCGCCGCCCAGCCCGC